AUGGGGCCCCUACUGUUCCCCCGCCUCACAGCUAAACCCAACAGCAACGCCAACCCAUACAGCCAAAACCAAUACAGCACUCCAGUAAUUACAGCAACCAAUACAGCGGGCCCCCAACCAAAUACAGCCAAACCCAAACUACAGCUGCCCCCAAACCAUACACCGAACAACUACAGCUGCGCCAACCCUCAGCCGAACCAAUACAGCACGCCAACCACUACAGCCAAACCCAACUACAGAAGCCCCAAACCGCUACAGCCGAACCAACACACACGCCCAACCCAUACAGCCGAACCAACAGCAGCCCCAACCAUACAGCCGAACCCAACUCACCAGCUAAAACAGCUGCAAAAAUACCUCAACUAUUGUCCACAUACACUGUUUGUUCAGAUAGAGUCCACGCUGAAUACUCCCAAAGCUGCACCAACAACCACAGCUGCCCCCAAAAAAGCGCCCAAAAACCCACGCUGCCCCAAAAUACUACAGCGCAAAAACAACCCCAGUUGCACCAAAAAACCACAGCUGCCCAAAACUACCACAGCUACCCCAAACUACAACAGCUGCCCCAAAAAAAAGCUGCCCCAAACAACCAAAAGCUGCCCAACAACCACAGCUGCACCCACUACACAGCUGCACCAGGAACCCAGCUGCACCAACACAACACUGCCCCAAAAACCACGCUGCCCCAAAAACCCCCGUUGCCCCAAAAACCACAGCGCCCCAACCCCCACAGCUACAAAAACUACAACGCUGCACCUACAAACGCUGACCUAUACCCAGCUGCACCUACUACCACAGCUGCCCCCACAUCAAGCGCCCCAAAACCAAGCUGCCCCAAAAUACAACACUGCACAACAACCAAAUGCCCCAACAACCACGCUGCAACCAACAACCCACAGUUCCCAACAACCACAACUGCCCCAACAGCCACAGCUACCCCAACAACCACAGCUGCACCAUCCCACAUUUGCCCCCAACAACCCGCUGCACAACUCCCACAGCUCACCAACUAAAAAAGCUGCACCAACAACCACAGCUGCCCCAAAAAACCAAGCGCACCAAAAACCCACAGCUGCACCACUCCCACGCUGCAGCAACUACCACAGCGUACCAAAAACCACGUUUUCCUACUACCACAGCUCAAAAACUAUCACAGCUCCCCCCAAAAAAACCACAGCUGCACCUACUCCCACAGCUGCAGAAUACCAACUGCACCAAAAAACCACGCUGCACCAAAAACCACACUGCAGCACUACCAAGCGCCCCAAACAACCACAGCUGCCCCAACUAUCACCCUGCACCAAAACCACAGUGCAUCAAAAACCCAAGCUGACCAAACAACCCACGCUGCACCAACACCAACUGCACCAACUACCAAGCUGCACCGCUACCACAACUCCACCAACUACCACAGCUGCACCUACUACAAACAGCUGUACCAACAACAACAGCUGCACCUACAACAGUUGCACCAACUACAACAGCUGCACCAACAACAACAGCUGCACCACUACUACAAUUGCACCAACAACCACAGCUGUAGCAACUACCACAGCUGCACCUACUACAACCGCUGCACCAAAACCUACUACUAUACCAACAACUACCACAACCACCACAACACCAACAACCACAACCACUACUACAACAACCACCACAACACCAACAACCACAACCACUACUACAACAACCACCACAACACCAACAACCACAACCACCACGACGACCCAGCCACCCACGACCACGGCGUGGGUGUGUCCCAGCGGCUGGUCUCUCUACGGCUACUCCUGCUACCACGUGAGCAGCUCCAGCGGGUCCUGGACGGCGGGAAGGAGCUACUGCAGCGCGCAGGUCGGGUCCUACGUCAAAAUCAGCAGCUAUAAUGAGAUUCUGUUCCUCAGAGCACUGAACUCUGACCCUCGUAGACACAAGUUCAAAUCCUCGCAGCAGCAUUUGCAAAAUGCCUGCACUCUUAGCCCGUUCUCACAAUAA